GGUUUAUCCGAAGUCCUCGUAUAUAAUUGGAUCCGCCGCACAUAUCAACGUUUUGCUGCUCAUUUGGAAAACGUUAGUAGAAUCAGAUUCAGAGGGUUUAUCCACUUAUCUUUUUGCCGAGAUCCAACAAUGGCUGACGUCGAACCAGAGGUUGCAGCGGCGGGAGUGCCGAAGAAGAGAACGUUCAAGAAAUUCGCCUUCAGAGGAGUCGAUCUCGAUGCUCUUCUCGACAUGUCUACCGAUGAUCUUGUCAAGCUCUUCAGCUCCCGUAUUCGCAGAAGGUUCUCUAGAGGAUUGACGAGAAAGCCUAUGGCUCUGAUUAAGAAACUCCGCAAAGCGAAAAGGGAGGCACCACAAGGUGAGAAGCCAGAACCGGUGAGAACCCACUUGAGGAACAUGGUCAUCGUGCCCGAAAUGAUUGGAAGCAUCAUCGGUGUGUACAAUGGAAAGACUUUUAACCAAGUUGAGAUCAAGCCCGAGAUGAUUGGCCAUUACCUUGCGGAGUUCUCCAUCUCGUACAAGCCUGUCAAGCACGGAAGGCCCGGUGUUGGUGCUACACACUCCUCCAGCUACUCUGCUCUAAGUCUCUCAUCGUUAGAUGCUGAUGAGGUUGCUGCAGCGGCUGGGAUCGUGAAAAAGAGAACGUUCAAAAAGUUUUCCUUCAGAGGAGUCGAUCUCGAUGCUCUUCUCGACAUGUCUACAGAUGAUCUUGUCAAGCUCUUCAGUUCCCGUAUCCGCAGAAGGUUCUCUAGAGGAUUGACGAGGAAGCCUAUGGCUUUGAUCAAGAAACUGCGCAAAGCGAAAAGGGACGCACCCGCAGGUGAGAAGCCAGAAGCAGUGAGAACCCACCUGAGGAACAUGGUCAUUGUGCCUGAAAUGAUCGGAAGCAUCAUCGGUGUCUACAACGGAAAGACUUUUAACCAAGUCGAGAUCAAACCGGAGAUGAUUGGACAUUACUUGGCUGAGUUUUCAAUCUCAUAUAAGCCGGUUAAGCACGGUAGGCCUGGUGUUGGUGCUACCAAUUCCUCCAGUUCACAAGUAUACUUUGUAUACGGGUCGGGUCGGGCUGAAGUCGAAUCAGAGGUUUCCGCAGCUGCUCUAGCGAAAAAGAGAACGUUCAAGAAGUUCUCCUUCAAAGGAGUCGAUCUCGAUGCUCUUCUCGACAUGCCUACCGAUGAUCUUGUCAAGCUCUUCCCUUCCCGUAUUCGAAGAAGGUUGUCUAGAGGGUUGACGAGGAAGCCUUUGGCUCUCAUCAAGAAAUUGCGCAUUGCGAAAAGGGCGGCCCCAGCCGGUGAGAAGCCAGAACCAGUGAGAACACAUCUAAGGAACAUGGUGAUUAUGCCUGAAAUGAUUGGAAGCAUCAUCGGUGUCUACAACGGAAAGACUUUUAACCAAAUCGAGAUUAAGCCGGAGAUGAUCGGACAUUACCUUGCGGAGUUCUCAAUCACUUACAAACCGGUUAGGCAUGGUAAGCCCGGUCAUGGUGCCACACACUCGUCUAGGUUUAUUCCUCUCAAGUGA